AAGAGUCGAUCCGAUCGUCGUGGAGGGUCGCAUUUGCAUACGAGAAUAACAUUUUGAUGCUGAUUUUGAUUUGUGCAUUUGUGCAUCGGUGUCGUCGCGCCAGUGCGUGUGUUAGUGUGUGCGUGCAAUAAAAAUAAAUAAAAUAAUAUCUGCUAUCUCAACAUCAUCAUGUACUAUCCGCCCGCUGAUAGUUAUACCGGUUAUCGGGUGACUCCACCCCAAAUCAACGGCAGCAGCAGCAGCAGCAACAACAACAGCCACCACAUCACCAACAACAAUAACAACAACAACAUCUGCAGCACUAGCAGCAGCAGCAUCAGCAAUAACAACAACAACAACCACAGCCACAGUUUGACCACAGCAAUCAACAGCAGCAGAAUGGACACCGACGAUGUGGAAUCAAACACCAGCAGUGCCAUGUCCACACUGGGCUCACUAUUCUCCUUCACAUCGCCGGCGGUUAAGAAGCUGCUGGGCUGGAAGCAGGGCGACGAGGAGGAGAAAUGGGCGGAGAAGGCCGUCGAUAGUCUGGUGAAGAAGCUAAAGAAGCGCAAGGGCGCCAUCGAGGAGCUGGAGCGGGCGCUCUCCUGUCCCGGCCAGCCCUCGAAGUGUGUCACCAUUCCACGCUCACUGGACGGACGAUUACAGGUCUCCCAUCGCAAGGGUCUGCCGCAUGUGAUCUACUGCCGCGUGUGGCGCUGGCCCGAUCUGCAGUCGCACCACGAACUGAAGCCUCUCGAGCUGUGCCAGUACCCGUUUAGCGCCAAGCAGAAGGAGGUCUGCAUCAAUCCGUACCACUACAAGCGCGUAGAGAGUCCAGUUCUCCCGCCAGUUCUCGUUCCUCGCCACUCGGAGUACGCACCAGGACACUCGAUGCUGCAGUUCAACCACGUGGCCGAGCCCAGUAUGCCGCACAACGUGAGCUACUCGAACAGUGGAUUCAACUCGCACAGCCUGAGCACUAGCAACACAUCGGUGGGCAGUCCGAGUUCCGUCAACUCCAAUCCCAAUUCGCCGUAUGACAGUUUGGCGGGAACACCGCCGCCCGCCUACAGUCCCUCGGAGGACGGCAAUUCCAACAAUCCCAAUGACGGUGGCCAGCUGCUGGAUGCCCCGAUGGGUGAUGUGGCACAGGUCAGCUAUGCGGAGCCCGCCUUCUGGGCCUCGAUUGCCUACUAUGAGCUGAACUGUCGGGUGGGCGAGGUGUUCCACUGCAACAAUAACUCGGUGAUCGUCGAUGGUUUCACGAAUCCGUCCAAUAACUCGGACCGCUGCUGCCUUGGCCAGCUGAGCAAUGUGAACAGGAACAGCACCAUCGAGAACACACGCCGACAUAUAGGCAAGGGCGUUCAUCUGUACUAUGUGACCGGCGAGGUGUACGCCGAGUGCCUGUCCGACUCCGCCAUUUUUGUGCAGUCGCGCAAUUGCAACUACCACCAUGGAUUCCAUCCGAGCACCGUGUGCAAGAUACCGCCGGGCUGCUCGCUGAAGAUCUUUAACAAUCAAGAAUUUGCUCAGCUGCUGUCGCAGUCGGUGAACAAUGGAUUCGAGGCCGUCUAUGAGCUCACGAAGAUGUGCACGAUCCGGAUGUCGUUCGUGAAGGGCUGGGGGGCGGAAUACCAUCGCCAGGAUGUGACAUCGACGCCCUGUUGGAUCGAAAUCCAUCUGCAUGGGCCGCUCCAGUGGCUUGACAAGGUGCUCACGCAAAUGGGCUCGCCACAUAAUGCAAUUAGUUCGGUAUCCUAAGCGUAAGAUGAGGGGAUCCCUCAAGGGAAACGAAGAGAAAAACAAUACAAAACCAGUAGCUAAAUGAGUACGUGCGAGUGAAAGCUAAGUGUGAAAAAGACGUAGAGAACACAGGACAACGGAGAGAGUAUAGAGGUUUGUGCCCGAUGAGGGGUGCAAACUGAUCAGUGUCUAUACAGCUCAUCUGCAAAUUUAAAUAGAUGUACGCAAACUACUCCAACACCCGCCCUUUGCCCAUAUUUUAUAGUUUAUCGUAUGAUUUUCUAUGCGAAUGUCAUUCCUAACGCUACAUCCAAGUAAUAAAAACAACGGCGAGCUAAAAACCCAAUUACAAAGUGGUAUAACUAUUUACAAUGAUCUACAUGCUAUAAUAUUAAUGAUCUAUGCCCAUUGGCAACCAGUUGUUGUUCAAGUCUAUUUCAAGUGCUAAUUAUGUGUCAUUGCAAAACUGCUUUAAAUAUAAAACAAAACACAUUUAAGUAUCCCUCAAACUUUAAAUACAUAAGCAAGAAAAAUUUAAAUAGGGAUAUGAAAGAACUUAUUGCAAUACAUUUCUUAAAAUGAUUUUUAGAACUCCUUAUUUACGUUUUAUAUUUCUCAUUUGCGGUUUGCCUUUGAUCAACGAAUUAAAUGUUCAAUUAAGUUGAUUUAAAUCUAUGGUUUAACUAAUUUUAAGUUAUAAAAAAAUCGAAAACUACAAACAAAAAAAUAAAUACCAGCGAAAUUUAAGAGUGGAAAAAUUGUUUUUGAAUUAAUCAAUUUUCCAACCAAUGAUCUUUUUUUAUCUUAAGUAAAAAUAAUUUUGUUUAGACCAGGAAAAAAUUAAAUUUUUAUAUGAAUAGAUUACACUAUAAUUUUCCUAGUUUUAUGAUUGUCUUCGAUUUUGUUUCAAAUAAAACCAUGUGUGCCGAAAUAUCAGUAGAUAAAAAUAAAAAAUUCCCCAAAAGAAAUGCUUAAUUUUGAAAAAAUUCUGUUUUCGACCUAUGAGUUAUUUUAUUAUGUUUAUCGGAUAUGUGCAAAACCUUUGCAAGUUUAAAUAAAAUAUAUAAUAUAUCCUCCAGAAAUAUGAAAAUGUAAAUUUAGCUGUAUAUUAGAGGCUUGGGCAAGUCAUGGCCUUAUCUAAAAUUGAAUGUAGUAUUUGUGCCUGUUCUAUAUUUUACGGAGGCCUUUGAACUCAAGAGCAAGAGUUUUUGAAAAAACAUUGUGAAAAUACCCAAGUGAAGAUACAAAAUACCGAGCGAAGAAAAAUAAAUAUUUGCCUUAAAGUUUACAAGUUUUUGAUCAGCUACCACAGAAUGCUAUAAAUUGCCUUAAACACGCCUUGCAUGCCUCUUAAUGUUUAACGUAACAUUGUAAUAAAAA